GCUGACAGCACGGGGAUUUCUGUCGCCCCGGUCACAGAAACUGGUCUGACCAUGCUGCGGUUAGCGAGGCGAGCCGGGGGGAUCCUACUGCGGGGCUCCAUCCUGCAAGGCCCCAGGUCCUGGAAUAUUGAGGUUCAGAGAUGUAUGACCUCUGGGCUACCCAUGAACACAAUGGUGCUGUUUGUUCCUCAGCAGGAGGCCUGGGUUGUGGAGCGGAUGGGGAAAUUUCACCGGAUCCUGGAACCUGGUCUGAACCUUCUCAUACCCCUUCUGGAUCGUAUCCGUUAUGUACAGAGCCUGAAGGAAAUUGUGAUUAAUGUCCCUGAACAGUCUGCUGUGUCACUAGACAAUGUCUCCUUACAGAUAGAUGGAGUCCUCUACCUCCGAAUCUUGGACCCUUACAAGGCCAGUUACGGUGUGGAAGACCCAGAAUACGCUGUGACCCAGUUGGCACAAACCACCAUGCGCUCGGAGCUGGGCAAGCUCACACUGGACAAAGUCUUCCGGGAAAGAGAAUCACUCAAUGCAAACAUUGUGGACUCUAUAAAUCAGGCUUCAGAUUCCUGGGGCAUCAGGUGUCUGCGAUAUGAGAUCAAAGACAUUCAGGUUCCUCCAAAGUCAGAGAAGCAAUGCAGAUGCAGGUAG